AUGAAAAACUUUCAAGAGGAAGAUCGAGAAUAUGAUGGAGUAAGGGAUGACCACCAUCGUAUAGGUUCACAAGAAGUAAGGGAUUACCAUCAUAUGCCCUCAGAAGACACGAAACAAGGAGUAGUGCAUGGUUUUGAUGAUAGUAAAGGCAAAGAAAUAGUACUACGAAGUCUAAAUUGUGAGAACAAUCAAGAUCCAGAUCGAAGUCGAAUGUGCAAUGUGUGCGGUAAAAGAUUUGGGAGUGGACAAGCUUUGGGAGGUCACAUAAGUGUCCACUUUGAACCUCGUCUAGGUCCCAAGAAGAUGAACAACAAGUUUAAGGUCACCAAGCAACAACAAUUACAAUAUUAUCCGUCUUUGGAUAAUAAAUUAUCAUGCCAUAUUUGCAAAAAGAUUUUCCCAUCAAGGAAAUCCUUGUAUGGCCACAUGGGAUCCCAUAGUCGAAGAGUCAAGUCUCCUUCUUUUUCUUCUUCAUCAUCAUCAACAUCAUCUUCAGCUGAGUGUAAUGAUCUUGAUCUUAAAGAGCAAGAUUAUGACCGAGUAAAGUUCUUACCAGGCUGGGCUAAGAAAGAUAGGGGAGACAUGAAGAUAGCUAACCAAACACCUAAUUAUAACAAUGCUUUUGCAAGAAAGUACAAGUUCCCCUCAUCAAAGAGAUUGAAAUUCUUAGAUGGCCAUACAUGCAAUAUUUGCUACAAGAAGUUCCCAACGGGGCAGGCUCUUGGAGGCCACAAGAGGGCUCACUACUUCGAUGAAGCACAACCAGUGCUAGAAGCUCCACCAGCAGCUACAGUUAAAGUAGCAUCGACCAAGGAUCAUGAUGAUGGUGAGACCAUAGAUCCUGUGGAUUCCUCGCCAUUAAUGCAACUGGCUGAACAAGCAUUGCAUCUUGCAAGUCGGAGAAUACUAGACUUGGAUCUCAACGAACCUCCCAAGGAGGAAUGUUGA